UCUCUUUCUCGAGCCCCUACCUUCUUUACUUGCCUGUUCUCUUCUCCCCUGACCUCUUUGUUCUGUCGUCUUCUUCCCUUCUCUCCUUCUCCUCUGCUAAUCCUAAGCCAGUCACAGCUUAGCCUAAACCUUUUUAUCCUUGUGAGAAGGGAAAUAACUUUUGGUCAUAAAAUGUGGGGUUUAAGAGCUUUCUCUGUUUUUAACUCACAAUCGUCUCAAGCUUGUUCUAGAUCAUUAAGCUUUCUCUUUUCUUCUUUUUCCGAAAGGAAAGGAAUAAUCUUUAGAACUGCUGUGUCUGUGUGAGUUCGUGUGUCUACUUUGUCUAAACUUCUUUGUUGGAGAAAACCCACAUUUCCUUUUGACAAAAGAUGAAAUGGGUUGCUCCAUAACAUCUUCAAGAGCAAGAUUUUGUCUUCUUCUUCUCUGAAAGUUUUGUUGGUAGAAAUAUAUUUACCCAUUUUGGCACAAUCCCACCUCCUUUUAAUAAAAAAAAAAAGAUGGCUUAGAUUCCUUCAAACACUCUUCUUCCUGGCUUUACUUCAUUCCCAUUUGUAAAAGCAGCCUCCUUGAACUUCAGCAAGAGAAGACAUGGGUUGUGUAGCCUCCAAGCUAGAGGAAGAAGAAGAAGUAGUGUCUAUUUGUAGGGAUAGGAAAAGGCAGAUAAAGCUAGCUGUGGAAAGAAGAUUUGCGCUUGCGGAGGCACAUAGUAGGUACUGUCAUGCUCUCUAUGCAGUUGCAGCGGCCAUUGGACUCUUUGUAUCUCGCCAUUCUUCUCCAUCUUCACCUUUCUUGAUAACUUUCCCUCCCCCUUCACCACCAGUGACUGACCAAAAUGUAAUAACCAACCCAAUGUUUCUUCAGCAAAAACCUUCAGAGUCAACAACCCAUGAAGCCAUGGCUUGUGAGUCCUGUGCUGAUGACUCCUCAUCAACAUCUUCAGACUUUUCACAGGAAGAGAUUAGUACUAAACAAGAAGUGGCGAGAGAGCAAAACCCAUAUCAUGGGUACUUCUAUAUGCAACCACAAAUGCCACCCCCAUUUCCUUCACCACAGAGGGAUUUUGGUUGGGAUUUCUUUAACCCAUUUGAUGGCAUGAGACCAGAGGGGAUAAGUGGGUAUAGGAGAAGCUCUGAUGAUGAUUUGAGGGUAGUGAGGGAAGAGGAAGGGAUUCCUGAGCUGGAAGAGGAAGUGGAAAUAGAGGAGGAAGAGAAGAAAGUUGUUGCUGAAAAAAAUGCAAAGGGAGAUCUUGAGGAGAGUGGUCUUGCUGAAAUGGUGAAGCUUGCGGAUGGCAGUGCAAAUGACAGCCUAGGAGAGCAAAAGGGGCUUACUUUUAUUGAUUGUCCCAAGGAAGGGAGAGAACUGCUUGAGGCACUGAAAGAUAUUGAGGAUUAUUUCAUUAGGGCUCAUUCUUCUGGAAAGGAUGUUUCCAGGAUGCUAGAGGCUAAUCAAGUUCGUCUCCAAUCCGGUUUGGAGGAGAUAAAAGAGAACUCAACCAAACUCAUCCAAUCCAUUGCAUGGCAUCGGCCCACUUCAUCUUGUAAGAGUCUUGUAGCAUCCAGCUCCAAAAGUUCAUCGACAUGGACAGAAUUCAAAAAUGAUCUUUUUGAUGAUUAUCAAGGAAUGAAUUCAGGAAGCCAUUCUCUAACACUAGGAAGGCUCUAUGCUUGGGAAAAGAAGCUUUACGAGGAAGUUAAGGUGGGAGACAGCAUGCGGAAAAGUUAUGAGAAGAAAUGUAUGCGAUUGAGAAGCCAGGAUGUCAGAGGAGCUGAUGAAGUCUCCAUGGACAAAACAAGAGCAACAGUAAAAGAUUUAUAUGCCAGGAUCCUUGUUGCAAUUCGCAGUGCUGAAUCAAUCUCAAAGAGAAUUCAAAAACUAAGAGAUGAAGAAUUGCAACCUCAAAUUGUUGAACUGCUCAAAGGCCUGACACACACUUGGAAAGUUAUGAUGGAAUCCCAUGAAAUCCAGAACAAGAUUUUAUUUGAAGUUAAAUUCUUUGCUUCUUCAGCAUUUGGAAAAUUCUGCAAUGACAAUCAUCGACUUGCUACACUUCAGCUGGAGGCUGAGCUUCAUAAUUGGAGAGCCUGUUUUUUAGACUACAUAGCCGCGCAAAAGGCAUACCUUGAUGCUCUUUAUGGUUGGCUAACUAAGUUCCUUGUACCUGAAGUUGAAUUUCACUCCAGAGGAAGGACUUCGGCUGCACCAUAUCGAAGUAAUGGGCCACCAUUACUUGUAAUUUGUCAUGAUUGGUUAGCUUCCUUGGAAAAGUUACCUGAUAAAGCAGUUUCCUUUGCGCUGAAAAGCUUUUCCAAGGAUGUUAGGGCUUUGUGGAUUCAACAAGGGGAGGAACUGCAACAGAAGAGGAAAGUCGAUAGUCUUGCGAAAGAGCUUGACAGGAAGAGUUUGGCAUUCCAAAAGUCAGAGACCAGGUUUCUGGAAUCCAAGCUCAUUGAGUAUAAAUCAGAGACUGAGGUAGGAAACCAUAAUAACGAGUGUUUGACUGAGAAGAAAGAUCACUUGGAUCUUUUCCGGAAUAAGCUAGAUGUAGAAAGGGAAAAACACCAUAAUUGUGUGCAGGAGACGCAAAGGAUUACAUUGAACGGAUUCCAGACCGGGUUUUUUAAUGUUUUCGAGUCUUUAGCUGAAUUCUCCAAGGCUUCUCUGAAAAUGUAUAACGACCUUGUGAAUUGCAUUGAAAAUGGUGAGAGAGUUGGGAAUCUCUCUUACAUAGAAGGCUCCCAGGUCGAAGAAACUAAUGGCCGAUGACAAAGUAAGCAAACCCAGAAAAGAGCCGCGAGGGAUGAGUACGGUGCACUCGCAAAAUUCCAUCUUUUUUUUUUUUUAUGUAUAUUACUUUUCAUGUGGAAGCAGCUCGCUGAAACAUGCAUUUCUUCAUAGUUGGUUUCAUUAUUCAUUGUCGGUGGAUGUUUAUGUUGCCCACAUUUUUGUUAGAAACUUGUAAAUUUUCAUUUUUCCUUGCGUCUUUUUGGCCAUAUUUACCAGAAGUGUAGAGGGAGAUGGAAGUGGGCAGACUAUCCUUGUAAGUACAUGUGAA